AAGAUGGCGGACGGCCCGGAUGAGUAUGAUACCGAAGCGGGUUGCGUGCCCCUUCUCCAUCCAGAGGAAAUCAAACCCCAAAGCCAUUAUAACCAUGGAUUUGGUGAACCUCUGGGAAGAAAAACUCAUAUUGAUGAUUACAGUACAUGGGACAUAGUCAAGGCUACACAGUAUGGAAUAUAUGAGCACUGCCGAGAAUUGGUGGAGGCAGGCUAUGAUGUACGACAGCCAGACAAAGAAAAUGUCACACUCCUGCACUGGGCUGCCAUCAAUAACAGAAUAGAUUUAGUCAAAUACUAUAUUUUGAAAGGUGCUAUUGUGGAUCAACUUGAAGGAGACCUGAAUUCAACUCCGCUACAUUGGGCCACAAGACAAGGCCAUCUGUCUAUGGUGGUGCAGCUAAUGAAGUAUAGUGCAGAUCCUUCGUUAAUUGAUGGGGAAGGUUGCAGCUGUAUUCAUCUGGCUGCUCAGUUCGGACAUACCUCAAUUGUUGCUUAUCUCAUAGCAAAAGGACAGGAUGUAGAUAUGAUGGAUCAGAAUGGAAUGACACCUUUAAUGUGGGCAGCUUAUAGAAUGCAUAGUGUGGAUCCAACUAGAUUGCUUUUAACAUUCAAUGUUUCAGUUAACCUUGGUGACAAGUAUCACAAAAACACUGCUCUGCAUUGGGCAGUCCUAGCAGGGAAUACCACAGUCAUUAGCCUUCUUCUGGAAGCUGGAGCCAAUGUUGAUGCCCAGAAUGUCAAGGGUGAAUCAGCUCUUGAUUUGGCAAACAGAAAAAAUGUAUGGAUGAUCAACCAUUUGCAAGAGGCAAGGCAAGCAAAAGGAUAUGACAAUCCUUCUUUCCUUAGAAAGUUAAAAGCUGAUAAGGAAUUUCGGCAGAAAGUCAUGCUAGGAACUCCUUUCCUAGUUAUUUGGCUGGUUGGGUUUAUAGCAGACCUUAAUAUUGAUUCUUGGCUCAUUAAAGGGCUAAUGUAUGGUGGCGUUUGGGCUACAGUACAGUUUCUCUCAAAAUCCUUUUUUGAUCAUUCAAUGCAUAGUGCAUUGCCCCUUGGAAUAUAUUUGGCAACAAAAUUCUGGAUGUAAGUGACGUGGUUCUUCUGGUUUGGGAAUGAUCUUAACUUUUUAUUUAUCCACCUUCCAUUCCUGGCCAAUAGUGUUGCACUUUUCUACAAUUUUGGAAAAUCUUGGAAAUCAGGUCCAGGAAUUAUUAAAGCCACAGAGGAGCAGAAGAAAAAGACAAUAGUUGAACUUGCAGAAACAGGGAGUCUGGACCUCAGCAUAUUCUGCAGCACCUGUUUGAUACAGAAACCAGUGAGGUCCAAACAUUGUGGUGUGUGUAAUCGAUGUAUAGCAAAAUUUCAUCAUCAUUGCCCCUGGGUGGGUAACUGUGUAGGUGCAGGCAACCAUAGAUACUUUAUGGGCUACCUAUUCUUCUUGCUUUUUAUGAUCUGCUGGAUGAUUUAUGGUUGUGUUUCUUACUGGGGGCUUCACUGUGAGACCACUUACACCAAGGACGGAUUCUGGACAUACAUUACUCAAAUUGCCACAUGUUCACUUUGGAUGUUUUGAAUGUUUCUGAACAGUGUUUUUCACUUUCUGUGGGUGGCUGUGUUACUUAUGUGUCAGAUGUACCAGAUAUCAUGUUUAGGUAUAACUACAAAGGAAAGAAUGAAUGCAAGAAGAUACAAGCACUUUAAAGUCACAACAACAUUCAACCAUGGAUGUGUAAGGAAUAUUAUAGACUUCUUUGAAUUUCGAUGCUGUGGCCUCUUUCGUCCUGUUAUCGAGGACUGGACAAGGCAGUAUACAAUAGAGUAUGAUCAGAUAUCAGGAUCUGGGUACCAGCUUGUGUAGCAGCAUCUUUAUCCUGGAAAACAAACCUGCUGAGUGGUGCCUCACAAUUGUGUCUGUCCGUGUCUCUCUCACACUCGAAUCCACAUUCUUUGAACAAACAAUUGCAUGCUAUGUGUAGGGCUAACAGUGAAUUUUAUAGGCUUUUGUUUUUCAACAUUUUUAUUAACAUAAGUUAACAUGGACAGAACACACUGCGACUUCUGGGAAGAAUAAAGAACAUUA